UUGACUAAUUCAAUUAAUCUUAUACUCAACUAAUUAAUAAAUCCAAGUUUUGAAAGUUAUACUGAAAACGAGCAACUAGGCCUUACAAUGUACCAAUCAAAAAUCGAAUUUGAUUUUCGUGAUCCGCGUGAAGAGGAGAUUAUUCUGCCUCUCGGAGUCUCGCUGGAGACUCGCCGGACCGCCGCCGUCGCCGCCGUGCACGGUGGCAGGAAAAAUCAUCCUUGCCCAGAAAUUUGCAACGAUCACACCAUUCAACUCAAUUUUUCGUCAGGAGUCCGAUUUUGGCAUCAGUUGCUCGUGAUCAGUCCUCCAUCCGGCAGAAUCGAGCCCGACAGUAGCUUGUGCCACCAUUCGUGGUGGAUUUCACCAUUUUUCAUCAGACGCUUGAUUCAACGGCGGAAAGAGGUUCACACGAAGGAGAUGAGACGAUCGACGCUGCUUCUUCAAGUUGCAGCCACCGCAAACGGCGUGGGUUGCCGGUAUCGCGCGACAGUCAGCUCCAGUCGCGAUCUUCAUCGAUUCUGGCCUCCCUUCUGCAAAACGACACCACCAACGAACUCCUCUCGUC